CACUCCAGGAAGAAGCGGUCGGAGGCAAAAUGGACGUGAAGUCAAAGCAAGAGACCGAGGGAGCUGGCGUCGGCUAAGUACUGAAAAUAGCAUCGUCUCGAGUCAGCUAAACCUCAACCCACCGGCCAGCGUGCGAAGGUCUACUAGUCGGCGAGAGGAGUCCAUGCGGCGGCGAUGGCGGACCGACGUGGGGACACCUGGAAGAGACACAUCUCUGAGCAGCUGAGGAUGCGGGACAGAGUCCAGCGCCAAGCCUUCGAGGAGAUCAUCAGCCAAUAUAACCGUCUGCUGGAGAAGUCUGACAUGCAGGCCGUUCUUUCGGAGCGGUACCAGAGUGAUGGACCCAGAGGAUCCCAACUCAGUGCGGCGGAUGGGGGCAUGCGGGGAGACAUCCAGCAGGAGAUGUCCCAGAUGAGGAUUAAACACCAAGAGGAGCUUACGGAGCUCCACAAGAAGAGAGGAGAGUUGGCCCAGAAUGUAAUCGAGCUAAACAACCAGAUCCAACUGAAGGACAAGGAGAUCCAGCGCAAUGAGGCCAAGAUCUCGGAGUACCAGACACAGAUCGCUACUCUGGAGGGAGACUGUCGAAAGCUCAACACUUUCCUCCAGGAUCUGGAGCGGGCCAAUCAGAUGCUGAAGGACGAGUACGACGCUCUGCAGAUCACCUUCAGCGCUCUGGAGGAGAAGCUGAGGAGGACGACGGAGGACAACCAGGAGCUCGUGUCUCGCUGGAUGGCCGAGAAGGCCCAGGAGGCCAACCGCCUCAACGCAGAGAACGAGAAGGACUGCAGGAGAAGACAAGCCAAGCUACAGAAGGAGCUAGCGGACGCAGCCAAGGAGCCGCUGCCCCUCGACCCGGACGACGACAUCGAGGUUCUUGCCGAGGACGGCGGGAAGGGGCCGGGCGAGGCCUCGUCUCCCAGUCGAUCCCUGAGUCGGACCCCCAGUAAGAGGAUCUCUCAGGUUCCCCCUGGUGGCCUGCUGGACUCAAUCGGCAACAUAUUUGGUCGUCGACCUGGUAACUCUCUGAGUACGUCACCAGAGAACACGGAGGCUCCAAUGGGAGGGGUGGAGGUUCGAGUCCCAUCCACGGCACUGCACGUCUUCGAGGCUCAUGAUGGAGAGGUGAACGCAGUGCGCUUCAGUCCCGGCUCUCGUCUCCUGGCAACCGGAGGCAUGGACCGACGGGUCAAACUGUGGGAGGUGGUCUCCGGUCACUGUGAACCCAAAGGAGCCCUCACUGGGAGCAACGCUGGCAUCACCAGUAUAGAGUUCGACAGCGCCGGCUCCUACCUGCUGGCGGCCUCCAACGACUUUGCGAGUCGCAUCUGGACUGUGGACGACUUCAGGCUAAGACACACCUUGACGGGCCACAGCGGGAAGGUUCUGGCGGCUCGCUUCCUAUUAGACAACACCCGCAUCGUUUCCGGGAGUUACGACCGCACCCUCAAACUAUGGGACCUACGCAGUAAAGUCUGUAUGAAAACGGUGUUUGCGGGCUCAAGUUGUAAUGACAUCGUCUGCACAGAGCAGUGUGUCAUGAGCGGCCAUUUUGACAAGAAGGUUCGCUUCUGGGACAUCAGGGCAGAGAGCAUCGUGAGGGAGCUGGAGCUUCAGGGUCGGGUCACCUCUCUGGACCUGAGCCAGGAGCGCACCGAGUUGCUCACCUGCUCCCGGGACGACCUCCUGAAGAUCAUAGACCUCCGAACCAACACGGUCCGCCACACCUUCAGUGCCCCGGGAUUCAAGUGUGGGGCGGACUGGACCAGAGUCUGCUUCAGUCCUGACAGCAACUACGUGGUGGGGGGUUCUGCGGACGGCGGGGUCUACGUGUGGAACGUUCUGACAGGGAAACUGGAACGCCUCCUGGACAAGCACCACAGCUCGGCAAUCAACGCAGUGUCCUGGUCUCCGUCAGGAGCCUUCGUCCUCAGCGUGGAGAAGGGAAGCAAGGCUGUGCUCUGGUCCGACCUGUGAUUGGUGGCUCAGCGCUUUGUGUUCGACGUGGGAUCGGCUGCUCAGCACUUUGUUUUUUCCGACCUCGGAUUGGCUGCUCAGCCCUCCGGUCCGACCUCGGAUUGGCUGCUCAGCCCUCCGGUCCCACCUGUGAUUGGCCUCGGAACCAUCCAGAAGCUUGAACUUGGCGCAGCUGUUCAGACUGUAGACGCAGCGCACUGCUGCUGCUGCUGCUGGGAGCUCUGGAGGCAAGGGACAACACGAAUAUAUUCAUGUAUGUGUAUAGAUGUACAUCUAUAUAUCACGCAAAGACUAUUCUCUAAGCAAGCAGAGAAAUGCUUUUAAGACUGCUGUUGAUUUAAACAUUGGCUUUUAACGUUUGGGAAGCCUGUGUACAAUGUUUUAAUGUGGUGUUGUUGGUCCCUGUGACCCCCUCCCCCCUCACGUAUUGUCUGCUGCGUACGUGUGGAUGAAGUCACUGAAGUAAAAGCUCACCCACCAACCUUUGUCUUGGUGUCUUUGUACUCAGAAGCUCGGCCAAUGAGAACGUAGGAGUCGUCGACAAGAAAGAAACGCACAUGUGUCAUGUUGCUUUAACUUUAUCGGUCUUUGCUGCUAGGUUAACUCUGAAAAGUUGGGAUCCCCCACCUGUAACUAGCUGGUUAACUCUGCAAAGCAGAGGUAACUGGUAACUAGCUGGUUAACUCUGCAAAGCAGAGGUAACUGGUAACUAGCUGGUUAACUCUGCAAAGCAGAGGUAACUGGUAACUAGCUGGUUAACUCUGCAAAGCAGAGGUAACUGGUAACUAGCUGGUUAACUCUGCAAAGCAGAGGUAACCAGCUAGUAACGGGUUGGGGAUCCUGCUGUGCUGGAGUCUUCUAGGCCAAAAACUUGGCAAGUUGGACCAGGAUCCGGCCUGGGAUUUGAUCUCGCUGGAAGUCAAUGGUCCAACUAAUCAGCGGGCCACCAAGCCUCAAGAGGAGUGCUCUUAAACAAGGCAGUUCCCUAUCGUUUCCCUUUUACUUAUCUAACUCACAUCACAGCCACAAUAUCAAACUAAUUGGUGCUUUCUGAUUAGCUAGUUCAAGUCCAGAUGUUGCUUUUAAUGUAACUGAUUUAUCAAAGUUUAUCUGGCUCCACCUGCUGGCAAAUGUUUUUCUAUUACUUUAAAUUGCCUGACCAGUGAUAUUGGUCUUAACAACUUUGAAUAUAAUUCAACACAAGCUGCUAUGGGUGUAGAACCACAAACGUGUAGGGCUAGCCCCUGUUUUAACUCUGACCUCCCCUGGCCAAACUUUCAACCGGUCACUCCCACCUGCAUAUCUGCCCACCUGCCUGGCCUCGGAUAAGGAGCUUCUGAGCUUGGCCACUAAACUGCUGAGUCUGAUAACAUGGGUUUAAAGAGUGUCUCCAGUAUGUGUAUGCUUAUUUAUUCAUGGCUUUGAAGACUGGAUUCUGAUUGGUCAAUCACAGCUCUAAUCCUAAUUCUGUUGAAUAACUGAACAUGGCUAUGGACACUAUUUCCAACGGGUGAAUCUUACAAUUUUGUGAAAUAAAGAUUUCUUAUAUGCA